AAGGAAUUGCUGUUCCUUAACAAUCAUCAUACAAUAGCAUUUCAUUUUACUGUGCUCAAUGGGAUUGAGCCAGAAGAUAACGAAGAGAUAUUCAGUAAUGUAUUCCCAGACAUUCCUCUAAGUACGUUACGUUUACGUGAUGAAUCAUCAAUGAUUGGAGUAAACAUUGAAAUGGAGCCUGAUUUCCAUGCGGGUUCCUUAUAUGCAAUUGUUGGUUUUCGAAAAUUCGAUAGAGGAAAUCCAACGACGGAAGAUCGAUAUCAGUCUCAUCAUCUGCUGUGGUAA